UUUCAAGACAUAAACAAAGCUAAAUUCUGCUGAUCAGACUGCUAUAGCUGUUUCGGUGUCUUGGACAAAAUCGACUUCCAUCUUUAGAGGGGUACUGGGGAUUGAAACAAUCCAUGAAGAAACUGCUUUUGUUAAAAUGAUUGGAAAAAUUGCAAGCCUCUUACUUGGAGACAAACUGGAGGAAGCAAAUGAAUGUGAUGAUCACGAAGAGCUGUUCGAAACUGAAGCGGGGGAGUGGGUCAUCGUCAAUGUGCAGGAGAGCUGCCCAGUGGUGCAGCUGGAGAUGGGCUCCCUGGAGAACCUGCUGAUUGAGCACCCCAGCAUGUCUGUGUACAACAUGAGGGGGCAGAGCAGCGACCAGGAGGAGGAGGAGGAUGCAGACGCUCCCAGGCCUGCUCAGAUGGCAUGCUAUGCCCCACGAAGGAUGACUGUUCUUGAGCACAUCAGUCAUUUGUACUACAUGCAGAGGGCUGAGCUCCUCGUCGACCGCAGAAAGCUAAGCAGGAAUCGCCUCCACAGACAGAACCGAUCCAAGAAACGAUAUUCUCCAAAAGAAAAGCACUAUGGCAAUUUCAAGCAGCCCUGCCAGCGUGUCUAUAAUUACUAAGAAAAAGUAAGAAUCCAAAUGCGAAUUGCAGACUAUUUAGUUUAAACACCCCAUAUUCUCAGAGCAUGCCAGAUUUUUUUUUAGAUAAAAUAAAAAUGCCCGAUUAAUUUCUCAUUAACCAAAAGAAAACCAUGCUAAUGUCAUCAAAUAAGUAAGAAUGGCACUUUUUUGAGAAUAAGCGAUUAUAGUUUUAUACCCUGUAUAACUGAUAAUGAAAACUGUUUUAUUGUUUUGAGAGUGUUGCGCUGUUACUUGCGGUGUUUCUGAUAUUUCAUAGUGUAGCGGCUACUUCUUGUGGUAAUAGCUGCAAGACUGGAAUUGGUAUCCCUAGCUGUGGAUGCAAAUCCCAGUGGUGAGAUAGUGUAUACCUAUGACUGUAUAUGUGUCUCACUAUGGAGAUUCCACAUAUCUAGAGAAACACUUACCCAAUUGGCUAAGGUAUCAUUUACCUGAAGGUACAGAGAGUAUCAGAAUCUGGGGAUAUAUAGAGGAGCCGGUUCAGUAAAUAGUCCAUGUUUCUGUAAGUUACACAGAGUUUAAGGAUGUUUGAAAAGGCUUUUGUUUUUCUUUUUUUCGAUUUUUUUCUCCAUACUGUAUUGGUUAUUUCUAGACGUUAGUUGUGCAUUAUUAAACGUGUGUGUUCACUGUUCAGCUAGUGUUACAGCAAUGGGGGCAGCUAUUUGUGUGAAUUCAAUAUUAAUAUUGAUGUUUCAAGUCGACAUGAUUGAAGCAAAAGCAGCUUAUAAUGUAAUCAACUAAUCAGGCUCACAUUUUACAGUAGCCAGUUGCGGUAUUUGCAUGCUUUAAGCACUGUGAAACAUUGUUUUUAAACUUGGUGUACGUUAAAAUACCACAUAUAUUACAAGCAAACUUGAAAGGUUAUGUUAAUUUGUAUACAUUUUUCACAGCAUAUCUUCAAAUUAACACGUUGUUGUUAUUGGUACUGGAAUCAGACGAUACAACAGUGUAAGUUCUUACAAAGGAACAGUGUACCCUAUUUUCUGUAAUUGCAACAGAGUAAUGAAUUGUGUUGUAUGAUGUAGUGUACUUUAGAUUGGUGAUAUUUACAGAUUUUACUUCAAUGAAGAAGCACCAGGGCAGCUUGUAUCUAUUACACACAUUUAUUUACAAAAUGUUGUUAAAAAUAUUCUUGCAAUCGACUAACUUCACUAAAUAAAAAGUAUGUUUAUUA